AUGGCGAUCGAACGAAGCCGCGAAGCGGCUUCGUUCGAUCGGUGGGCUGGAGGCAUGAUGAAGAGAUACCAGACUGCCCUCAAUGGAGGUAGACGAGCAGUUUCGGAUUUUAUUCCUCAUCAGUGGUAUCUUCAGAGGUUUAUAUAUGCAAACUGGCGAGAGUUCAGACGGUUCAGAUGGUUCAGACGGGGCGGUUCAGACGGUUCAGACAGGGCGGUUCAGACGGUUCAGACGGUUCGGACAGGCGGUUUAGACAGCGGAACGCUCUCCGAGGAGGUUCAGACGGUUCAGACAGGCGGUUCAGACAGGCAAGGUUCAGACCGUUCAGACAGUUCAGACCGCGGAACACUCUCCGAGGAGGUUCAGACGGUUCAGACGGGCAAGGUUCAGACGGGCAAGGUUCAGACGGUUCAGACGGUUCAGACGGUUCAGACGGUUCAGACGGUUCAGACAGACGGUUCAGACGGUUCAGACGGGCAAGGUUCAGACGGUUCAGACAGUUCAGACAGUUCAGACAGGCAAGGUUCAGACGGGCGAGGUUCAGACGGUUCAGACGGUUCAGACGGACGGUUCAGACAAGCAAGGUUCAGAUGGUUCAGAUGGUUCAGACGGGCAAGGUUCAGACGGCCAAGGUUCAGACAGCGGAACGCUCUCCGAGGAGGCUCAGACGGUUCAGACAGUCGGUUUAAACUAUUGAACCAUCUCCCAGGAGGUUCAGACAAUUCCAUGGUUCAGACUGUGGAAUCCUCUUUGAGGAGCCUCACAAGGCUCAUGGCCAAGGUUUAG